AUGCCGACUCAGGUCCGAGUCAAGGCGUACUACAAGGGGGAUAUAAUGAUAACGUAUUUUGAACCUUCCAUCUCCUUUGAGGGACUGUGUAAUGAAGUUCGAGACAUGUGCGCUUUUGAUGAUGAACAGCUUUUCACCAUGAAAUGGAUUGAUGAAGAAGGGGACCCAUGUACUGUCUCUUCUCAGCUUGAGCUAGAAGAAGCUUUUCGGUUGUAUGAGCUGAAUAAAGAUUCUGAACUUCAAAUACAUGUUUUUCCCUGUGUACCAGAAAGGCCUGGAAUGCCAUGUCCAGGAGAAGACAAGUCUAUUUAUCGCCGUGGAGCACGGCGAUGGCGAAAACUCUAUUGUGCAAAUGGUCAUACUUUCCAAGCCAAGCGAUUCAACAGGAGAGCUCACUGUGCCAUCUGCACUGAUCGGAUAUGGGGAUUGGGACGUCAGGGAUAUAAAUGCAUCAACUGUAAACUACUUGUUCACAAAAAAUGUCACAAACUUGUCAGCAUAGAAUGUGGCCGACAUGCAAUACCACCAGAUCCUCUAAUGUCAAUGGAUCAGUCAGCCGUGCAUCACGAUAACAUAGAACCUGUGAUACCAUAUAAUCCUUCAAGUCAUGAAAGUUUGGACCAUGUUGGUGAAGAAAAGGAGGCAACAAGCAUUCGAGAAAGCGGCAAAGUAUCUUCCAGUCUCGGUCUGCAAGAUUUUGAUCUACUUCGAGUUAUAGGAAGAGGAAGUUAUGCAAAAGUUCUUCUUGUUCGGUUAAAGAAGACGGAACGCAUUUAUGCCAUGAAAGUGGUGAAAAAAGAACUGGUCAAUGAUGAUGAGGAUAUUGAUUGGGUUCAGACAGAAAAACAUGUCUUUGAGCAGGCUUCAAAUCAUCCUUUCCUUGUUGGCCUUCAUUCUUGUUUCCAGACAGAAAGCAGGCUGUUUUUUGUUAUAGAGUAUGUAAAUGGAGGAGAUCUCAUGUUUCACAUGCAGCGGCAGAGGAAAUUGCCAGAAGAACAUGCCAGGUUUUAUUCAGCAGAAAUUAGUUUAGCAUUAAACUAUCUUCAUGAACGAGGGAUAAUUUAUCGGGACUUGAAGCUGGACAAUGUGUUGCUGGAUUCUGAAGGACACAUCAAGCUGACUGAUUAUGGCAUGUGCAAGGAAGGAUUAAGGCCUGGAGAUACAACCAGCACUUUCUGUGGCACUCCCAACUAUAUAGCUCCUGAGAUUUUGCGUGGAGAAGAUUAUGGAUUUAGUGUGGAUUGGUGGGCUCUGGGUGUGCUGAUGUUUGAAAUGAUGGCAGGCAGGUCGCCCUUUGAUAUCGUUGGGAGCUCUGAUAACCCUGAUCAGAACACAGAAGACUAUCUUUUCCAAGUUAUUUUGGAGAAGCAAAUUCGUAUCCCUCGAUCUCUUUCUGUGAAAGCAGCAAGUGUUCUAAAAAGCUUCCUUAACAAGGAUCCUAAAGAACGCUUAGGAUGCCAUCCUCAGACAGGAUUUGCAGACAUUCAGGGACAUCCCUUCUUUCGUAAUGUAGAUUGGGAUCUGAUGGAGCAAAAACAGGUGGUUCCUCCAUUUAAACCAAACAUAUCUGGGGAAUUUGGUCUGGACAACUUUGAUUCCCAGUUCACUAAUGAGCCUGUUCAACUCACUCCUGAUGAUGAUGAUAUUGUGAAGAAGAUUGACCAGUCUGAAUUUGAAGGCUUUGAGUAUAUCAAUCCUCUCCUGAUGUCUGCCGAGGAAUGCGUCUGAUCGUCUCCCACUUCAAAACUGUGCCAUUUGUUACUUCCUUUUUCUGCAUGUGUUAGCAGCUUGCUGUUGAGAUGGCAGUUGCUGAAAUACAUCAACCUUUUUCAGCAGCCAUUUAUCACCCAUAAGUUUGAAUUCUUCAGUUACAAGAAUCUGAAAUACUGUUCAAACCUGCUUUACAAAAGUUGAGCCUUCAUAAGGGCAACUGUUAGCUGUCAAGCUGUCUAGUGUGGACAUUGACUGACAUUCUCUUUGAAAUGUAUUGCUCUGUAUUCCAAAGGAUCUUGCAUUUAAGAUCAUAGUAAUGGUAUCAUGGCAGGUUAGACUUUAAAACCCAGAUUAGAGGAUGUGACCUCUUCCUCUAUUUGUUUUCAGCAUGUCUGGUUACAUGGGUACAAUCUCAAGUUGACUUUGACACCGCUGGUUCUCAGUUGGUGAUAGUAACAUGCAUUGCCAAAAGUAUUCAGAAGAUUGCAGCGGAAUUGUCAUGUAAUGCUGCAGCCCACUCCCAAACCCUGAAUUUUGGGUUUUGUCUUCCAAGUUAAAAUUUAAGUUCAGCUUCUGAAACUUUCGUCUUAUGUAUAUCUCAAAGGCUAUACAUUAUUAUUAUUAUUAUACCUGAAGCUGUUCCUGAGCCUUGAUGAAAGUGGCACAGGGUUAGUGUUAGCUUCUACCAGAUUUCCUUUUUUACUGCAGCCCCCGUCCCAUGUGGCUUUUGUCUGUGUAAGUCCCACCAUCCUUGGUGUAGCUUUUCUGGUGUUCAAAAGAAUCACCCUCCUCCUAUUUUCUCCACUGUAGAAGCUAGUAGGGCCCAACAUGUUUGUUUUUAAUUUUGUGCAUCCAAGGACAAUGGACAUUUUGUUGAGAACAAUCGUGAGCCUGUUUCAAGAGGAUUA